GUGACGUCAACGGGUGUUGACAUUUUUUUUGGGUGUGCAGUUUUUUGCGUGUAUUAAAAAGUAAUUCUGCGACAAAUGGAAGAAUUUUCACUCUUACAAAUUGUUAGAAGUUUAUAAAAGACAAUGAUGCACAAGUCAGUCUCAAUAAUAACGGGGAAAUUCCCACCCGUACGAUCAAGCAUCAACCUCGACUGUUUGAAAUGGGCCGAAUGGGACAAGGUGAAGACCUGGAAACAUGAUCGGAAAGUCAUCUUACGUAUUCUGGAAGAUCCUAAGAACCACGACUUUGAAUCUGUACUUCACUGUGCACCACAGAUGACGAAAAUCCUGGAUCACUGGUCUAACGUGCGAUGUUUUACGUACUUCGUCACCAAGACCGGCUUUGUCUUCUUCACCCACAACAGCAGCGGACUCACGCACCACGGCAACAUCUUUAACUUGAGAAAUGACGACAAAGACGGACAAUCCACAGCAUCAAGGUUUCAUAUUCAGUAUCCGAUGGAAAAAGUCACUUUUUAUUAUCCAUCGCAGGUGUUUAUUUCCUACAGUAAAGAUGGCCUGAUGCGAGUUUCUUACCUCUGUGAUGACAAGGCGUACGAGACGUCCAUCUGCCGGUCGGCACGCUCAGUCUUGUGUUUCGCGUACAUCCCUGAGACGAAGGAAAUAGUAACUGGGUGCAUUGGCUCCGUGAACACAUUCACCAUCACCGGAGCAGAGCAUAAGGCCGUCAUCCACAAGGGAAGAUCAUUCAAUGUUUCUCUUAACAAGCAUGAUUGGACCUUUGACCUCAAAGUCGAUGUUCACACUCACACCCUGCUAAUCCUUGUCGAGAAAGCUGUGUUCGGGCUGGAUUACAAGAAGAACAAAGUUGUGUUUGAAAUAAAAAAUCUGUAUUUGAAAACGACAUCUUUCAGAAGCUGCUGUUUCUACAAUCAUGGGGAAUACGUGUUGACAGGCGCGGGUAAUGGCGACAUCAAGGUGUGGAAUCCUGAAUUGUUAACACUUGUUUAUGAAUUUCGAGGUCACAGCAAUGGUAUAACAGCACUUCAUUGUCAUUAUAAAGAACCUCUUGCUUUCUCAAGUUCACUAGAUGGGUCGAUUCAGAUUUGGCGAUUGGACAACUUUCAAAGAUUCAUGAAACUGAAAAUUGGAAACUCAGUGUUGUCGAUGUCGCUCUCCCGUGACGAAAUAGUGUGUCAAACCAACUAUGAAAUCAAGUUUUACCACUUGGACUACUUCUACAAGAUUUUCGCGGACAUUGAGGCCAUGGUUGUGAGGUUGGACUUUUAUCAGGGUAAAGAUGGGAAACCAAAUCGAAUAUUUUGUGCUUUGGAGGAUGGCAGUUUUCGUUUGCUGUCAGUGAUAACCGGCGAAUCUCUCGUCUCCUUCUAUCCGAUGACUUUCAUUCAGAGGUUCACGGAAUUCUGCUACAACAUCAAAGAUGAACUUAUUUAUGCUGUUCUUCCUGAUGGAUCAGUUCUGAUCAUGCAGACGAUUGUUAACCCCAGCACGGCCUUCCAUGUGUUAAAGCCAAGGAGUGUUGGGGAUCAGGUGAAAAAGCUGUGUAUUUUUGAUGUGUCAUGUGAUACCAUUGAAGACACUGUCGUGUUCGCUGGUCUCAGUCGUGGUCAGAUAAUUUUAAUGGACGCAAUGAGAUCACAGUUUGCUGGAAUCAAAGAACACGAAGGCGAGAUAACUUACCUGAAGACCGCAGAUGAUUUCGACAGCGGCGCGCUAGGUUUUCCGGCAGACAAGACGUAUCUGGUGUCCGGCUCUGAUGACCUGCUUCUUAAACUGUGGCAGGUCGAGGUGCACGUGGUGGAGAAACUCAUCGAAGGAGCCACGAAGGAGGAAUAUGAAAUGAUGGAAGAAAUGACAGACGUAGUAAAAACGGAAAAGAAACUUGUACUGUCGCUUGUUCUUCUGAUGACGUUUGAAUGUUCCGGAGUUCCUAACUGUGUCUGUAUCUCCCAUGAUAUGAUGGCUCUCUCCUACAUGAUGUCAGAAUACCUCAACAUGUACAAGAUGACUCGAGAUGAAAGUAGUGAGGAAAUUCGCAUCAAACUGGAACACGUCAACCAUUCUACUGAUUACGACCACAAAAAUUCUAUCACAGUUAUUCGUGCCUGUCCUGCCGUGGAGAUAUUUGCCACUUGCUGCGAUACUGGUGUCGUAAAGAUCUGGAAUUACGACAGUGAAAUGAUAAGAGAGUUGAACUUUAACCGUUACGUUUCUGGAAUGUGUUUUUGUAACAGUCACGGAGAUCUGUUGGUUGGAUUUUACUGUUACGUCCUAAUCGUGCACAUUGUGCAUUACCUGUCUUUGGAAAAGUUAACAAAGGUAGUGGAGACUGACUUUAAGGACGAUAUACGAGAGAGCCCCAUGUGUGAUGACUAUACCCUGGACCCACGGCAAGUGUCUCCUUUUACAGUCACAUUUACCCCAUCCCUGCCUCUUCCCCACCCAUAG